GGGAAGAACAGCCUGGAGCUUCCUGCGGGACGUGCGGAACUCAGAAGGGACUGCGGAGCGGGAAGGAGGCUCGAGGAUGUUCCGCAUCGAAGGGCUGGGGCCGAAGCUGGACCCGGAGGAGCUGAAGCGGAAGAUGCGGGAGGACGUUCUCUCCUCGGUCCGCAACUUUCUCAUCUACGUGGCGGUGCUUCGGCUCACUCCCUACAUCUUAAAGAAGCUGGACAGCAUAUGAGAAGGGCUUUGCGGAUGGCCUGUGAAUGGAAGACGAAGCUGCAUUGCUGUUGCGAGUUUUGUCAAACUGGUCGAAGCAUUUCUUGCAACGAUGAUUGUGAAGCUGGUGAACACCAGAAAAGAAUGUUAUCUUUUUUUUCCUCAUCAGACUUUUGGAGCACGCUUCGGUUCUCUCCGUGUGUCAGAAUGAAGCCUCUUUAUGCUGGUAUUGGCUUCAAAGGUCUUAUCCACCCUGAUGUGGAGGAAAAUGCUAAACAGAGUGCUUUGGAAUGGCGCUACCUCUGAGCUGUCACAGUGACGCGGUUGUCAGUCGACUUGUCUUAAAUGUGUCUCGUGAAGACUCGUGUGAUGUUUGAAUGGCUGAAAUAAAGUGGAUUGUCUGUUCUGAAA